GUUUUCCUCAAAAUUGGUACCACUGAUAAAAGUGUCAAAAAAUCUAAUUUAUACAGCCGCUUAGGGUAGUUCCUUUAAUUAUAAUAAAAUAAUGAAUUAAAAAUUAAAUAUUUAGGUAAUUUAACUUAAACUAGUCUCGUUAAAAUAAUGUGAUUGUUAGAGAUCCCGAAAGUGAUAUACUUAGGUAUUAAUAUUAGGAGAAAAAUAUCCUUUCUCAGAGUUUUGUUUUAUUUUCUUCUAACAACUUAACGAAAUGUCACACAUGAAAAAUUCAAUUUCCCUGACUGCAGAAAAAACUAGUAUACAUGAUAUGUUAAAAGAUACAUCAGCCCUUGAAACCAAAAGCAGUGUCACAAAUGCUUUAUCAAAUAGCAUCAGCUCCCCAGCAAUCUUGACUCCUUCCACACCAAGUCAAACUGAAGACUCAACUAUUCUCAAGACUAAUUCUCGAAUUGAAAAUUUUAAAAAUUGGUCUAUAUCAACUUAUAAGUGCACAAAACAAUUAAUGUUUGAAAAGUUAGGAAAAACUUCUAGAACUCAUGAUGCAGAAUUAGAAACACAAAUAGAUCAGCUAAGGGAAACUCAAAAAAAGUAUAUAAAUAUUCUUAGACUAGCUAGAGCAUUAACAAGCCAUUUUUAUUAUAUGGUACAAACUCAGCACGCUCUUGGAGAAGCAUUUUCUGACUUAGCACAAAAAUCUCCAGAGUUACAAGAGGAAUUUCUGUACAAUUCUGAAACGCAAAGAAACCUGACCAAAAACGGCGAAACUCUGUUGGGAGCUUUACAUUUUUUUAUUGCAUCUGUAAAUACUCUAUGUCACAAAACGAUUGAGGAUACGUUACAGAGUAUUAGACAAUAUGAGGCCGCGAGAAUUGAAUACGACGCUUACCGUACAGAUCUGGAAUCUCUAUCAACAAAACCUGAAGGAACAAUUGGAUUAGAAGAGGCUCAGCAAGGCUAUGAACUCCACAGACAAAAUUUUACGAAGCUCCGUACUGAAGUUGCAAUUAAAAUGAAGUUUCUGGAUGAAAAUAGAGUUAAAGUUAUGCACAAACAACUACUGCUGUUUCAUAAUGCCAUAUCGGCAUACUUUUCUGGUAAUCAACAAGCUCUGGAGGCUACUUUAAAACAGUUCAAUAUCAAAGUAAAAGCACCGAAUUCCACUUUUCCUUCGUGGUUGGAACAAUAGUCUUGAAGCACAUAUUAUGUGACCUGUAAAAGAUACAUUUGAAAUUAUAAUAUCACAACAAAGACAUUGAAAUGCCACCUAGUAGUUGAUACUGAGUAUCGUUAGCCUCAAAGAUACAGUGAGAUUUAAUUUCUAGAAAUGCUUUUGUAAAUUUACAUAGUAUUUGUAAGUAUUUUCAGGGAAUAUAACACAUUUCAAGCCGUAUGUACUCUUAGGAGUUUAAGGUGACUGCACCAAUUCUCAUAUUACUAAAUAAAAGAUGAAUGUGCUUUUUAAUUUUACUGUAUUUGUAUUUGUAAAUGUUUUAUGCUUUCUUUUACACAGGGCAAACUAAAGUUCUUAUAUUAAUUCUAAAAAAAAACACUUUUCAGUCAACGCAUUUAUUUGGAAUGAAUAAUUCUGUUAAAAUAUUUAUUCAGCAACUAUCACGUUCCUAUUUUUUAAUGUCAUAUUCCAGUCCAGAGAACUUGAGUUAUUAAUAUAAGUAACAUAAAAUAUGCCUUUUCGUGUGUUUGUGGUGCAAGCAUUUUAACUAGCAACUAAAUAAGAAAUUUUUAAAUUAGUUUCUUUAAUGUAUGUAACAUUACAUAUAAGCAGCAAAAGGUAUUAAUGUCAUUUAAAAAUAAUAAGGAAACACUGGCCACUUUAAUAAAUAAUCUGUAUAAAAACUAUGUCUUUUUUUGGAAACUGAAAAAUUUUCUUAUAAUUGUAAUAUUUAAAGGUAUAUUACUCGUAUGUGUGUUAAUUUAUAUAAUUUAUUUUUAUAUAUGUACUUAUUUUCUAAUCAUUUUGAGUUAAGUAUAAUGAUUUUAACAGAUUUUUCUGAUACGUACUGAAUUUGUAUAUUAAUUUAUUAACACAUCAAAAAACAAUUAAUACGUUUUUAAAAUCUUUAUUGUAGUUAGCUUUCAUUGUUUUAUAUAUUUUUUUAAUUUAUAUUAAUUUUAAUUCAAAGACUAAUUUUUGUUAAUUUGUAUAUUAAUUUUUUAUUUUUGUUAUUUUUUUAUGCAAAACUUGUUUUAUAUGUGUUACAUGUUCCAGUAUUUCUUUUAUUGUUUAGUUCUUUUCUGUAAUGCUAUUUAAUACAAAAAUUAAAUUAUUUUAUAAAAUCCAGGAAAUAAAGCGUAAUGUUUUAAAAAUUUA